AGGAAAUGAAUCUUGACAGGCAGCUGCAUUCAGAACAGGCGAACGUUUAAAAAGUGAUCAGCUUCAGGAGUAAAAUUCAUCUGAUAUUCAGUCUGCAGUCUUGCUCAUUAUGAGUUAAUUAAUGAGGAACUGCGAUGAGAACGUUACAAAGAAGGAAGACGCAGAGUGGAUGGGAAAUCGACACGAAAUUACAACUAUGAAAAACAAGAAGAUGGGUUUAAAUAACAGACCCAGGAAGGUUUUAAUACUCUGUGGAAUAUAAAUAACUUUUUUUUUUGGGUUCUACGAUGCAUAGGAGAUGGGUACGUCGGAGUUUGCCUCUCUUCAUUUUCACUUUCUUCAUAAUUCUGUACGUGGAUUUUCAAUUACGCACCAGCAGCCUUCCCAAACUCAGUGUGGUUCACCGUCCAUCACCCGGUGCGCACCAGCGCUCCAUCCAGCAGGUUCCCAUCGCGGCCAAGGGCGCACAGAAACCGGUUAGUAAAAGCAGCAGCAACAACAACGGUGGUGGUGGUGGUGGUGACCUACAUGUCGCGAAGGAAAGACACACCACCUCCAAGGGUGCACGUGUCACCCAGGCAAAAUUGAAGCAGCAGGACAUUUUCAUCGCUGUGAAGACCACCGGGAGGUUCCACAGGACGCGUCUUGCGCUCCUUUUGGAGACGUGGAUCUCCAGAACCAAGGCGCAUACGUUCAUUUUCACGGACACGGAGGAUGAAGAUUUAAGUUCCGAAGGUUAUAACAUGGUGGUAACAGGCUGCCAGUCAGACCACAGCCAGCAGGCUCUGUCCUGCAAGAUGUCUGCAGAGUACGACGGCUUCAUGGCCUCAGACAAGAGGUGGUUUUGUCAUGUGGACGAUGAUAACUAUGUGAACCCGGAGGCCCUGCUGUCCCUGCUGUCAGCGUUUCCCCAGGACAGUGACAUCUAUGUAGGCAAACCCAGCCUGGACAAACCCAUCACUGCUCACGAACUGCUGGAGGGAAACGCAACGAGAGAAGUUCAGUUCUGGUUCGCUACAGGAGGAGCAGGAUUCUGUCUUAGUCGACGGCUGGCGGAGAAGAUGGCGCCCUGGGCCAGAGGCACCCGGUUUGAGAAGACGUCAGCGACUAUCCGUCUCCCUGACGACUGUACGGUGGGCUUCAUCGUGGAGAAGAGGCUGGGAAUCUCUAUGGUCCACUGUCCUUUAUUCCACUCUCACCUGGAAAACCUGCUGCUCAUCCGCCACAGACACAUACCACACCAGGUGACGCUGAGCUAUGGGAUAUUUGAAAAUAAGAUGAAUAGCAUCGAGGUGAAAGGAGGCUUCUCCAAAGAGGAAGACCCCUCCAGGUUUAAGACCGUCCACUGCAUGCUGUACCCUUUAACCAGCUGGUGUCCCUGAGCUCCUUCUAGUCUACGAGGCUGGUGACCAGUGCAGGAUGAAUUACUUUCACUGGAUACUGUGUGUCUGAGUUCAAAGAAAACUGAUGGAUUUGAUGGCAGAGUUUGAGAUGCAGAAACUAGGACUGGAGAGGCAGCAAAUUGGGAUGAAGCCUUCCUUGGGCAACAGAGGACUGAAGAAGUACAAAUCUGGUGUCCCACUUCUGCUCACUCUUAGUUUUUGCUCGUACCUGCUUGAACAGAUGAUACACUCAGAAAUAAGGAUGUUAAGAGAGUCUUAAAAGGUU